AUGUUAAAUUUAUUAAUAAAUCGUAAAAAUUUAAAUUAUCUUCAUUUGGAUUAUAAUUUUAAUUUAAAAUCAAUUAAAAUAUUAACAACAAAAGAACGUAAAAAAUCACGUUUUGGAAAUGCAUUUCAUUUAUGUAAUAUUGAUGCAUUUCAAUUAGCUGAUGGUUUACAAUUAAUACAACGUGCAUUUAAAGAAUGUAAAAUUGAAUUUACGGAUUUAUAUUAUCAUUUAAUACCGGUUUAUGAUGUUGAACCAUUAGAAAAAAUAACGGAUGCUUAUUUAAAUCAAUAUUUAUGGUAUGAAGCUGAUAAACAUAGACUUUUUCCAGUAUGGAUUAAACCAGCUGAUAGUGAACCACACCUUUACUUGUUUAUAAAUGGUAUAAACAAUCUUCAAGAUAUUUGGAAUACAAAUGAAGGUGAAUCUGAUUAUAUGACAGCAAAAAAUAAUAUUGUUCUUACUUAUAAAGAUAUAAAUCAUGUUAAUUCAUAUGGUAUUAUACAUGGUUUACAGUUUUCUUCAUUUAUUGUACAAUAUUAUGGUCUUAUUAUUGAUUUAUUAAUAUUAGGUUUACAACGUGCAUUCGAUAUAGUUGGUUUACCUCAAAAACCAAAUGAAUUUUUAACUUAUCAAGAAGUUACCAUUGAAACGGCACAUCCAAUACGUCUCUAUUGUCGAUAUACAACUGAUGAAUCUCGUAAUUUAAUACAACGUUAUUUAACUAAACAUCCUGAUCCAAAUAAUGAAAAUAGCAUUGGUUAUAAUAAUAAAAAAUGUUGGUCACGUGAAUCACGUAUGCGUUUAAUGAAAUAUGAUGUUAAUUUAGGUCGUGCUGUUUUUUGGGAUAUUCAAAAACAUCGUUUAUCACGUUCUUUGACAACAAUUUUAUGGGAAACAAGUUUUGUUUCUGUUUAUUCAAAAGAUAAUCCUAAUUUAUUAUUUAAUAUGUGUAGUUUUGAAUGUCGUAUAUUACCUAAAAUACAUCGUUUUCAUAAUCGUAUAAGACAAAUUUUAAUAUCAUCUGGUUCAACAACAUUUACGAAAAUAGUUAAUAAAUGGAAUACAGAAUUAAUUGGUUUAAUGACUUAUUUUCGUGAAGCUGUUAUUAAUACACAAAAAUUAUUAGAUUUACUUGUUAAAUGUGAAAAUAAAAUUCAAACACGUAUUAAAAUUGGUUUAAACUCAAAAAUGCCUUCACGUUUUCCACCUGUAAUUUUUAUACACCAAAAGAAUUAG